GCUCAGUUGCUCUUUGUAGUUUGACGGAGUGUAGUUGGCUGGCUGUAGGUGCUCGUCUUCGUAGUGUCCAGUUUUAUCUACUUGUAGUAGUUUCUCUCUCUCAUAACUUUUACAUCUUUCUCUCUCUCUCUAUCUUCACGUAAAAAUAUUUUGUUUUGAACCUUUGACAUGAGUGAAGACUUAGAUUUCGUCGUCAAAAUGGACAACUCGGGCAGCGAGGGGGUAAUCCAGGCCGAAGUUCCGAACGAUCCGGGGAAAAUGUUCAUUGGUGGUCUAAGCUGGCAAACUAGUCCUGAGAGCUUACGAGAUUAUUUCAGCAAAUUUGGAGAAAUCGCGGAAGUUAUGGUGAUGAAAGAUCCAACAACGAGGAGAUCCAGAGGUUUCGGCUUUGUCACAUUCUCCGAUCCAUCCGCCGUGGAUAAAAUAUUGGCUCAAGGAACUCAUGAAUUGGAUGGGAAAAAAAUUGAUCCUAAAGUUGCAUUCCCGAGGAGAGCUCAUCCCAAGAUGGUGACUCGGACAAAGAAGAUUUUUGUCGGGGGCCUCUCAGCACCCACAACGAUUGAGGAUGUGCGAACCUACUUUGAACAGUUUGGCCCUAUUGAGGAUGCCAUGCUCAUGUUCGACAAGCAAACCAACAGACACAGAGGCUUUGGAUUCGUCACUUUCCAAAAUGAAGACGUCGUCGAUAAAGUGUGUGAGAUCCAUUUUCACGAAAUCAACAAUAAAAUGACGUCGGGGACUGGUUCUACUCCUACUAACAGUGUUGGGUCCCUUGGUUCACAGGUCGAGUGUAAGAAAGCGCAACCCAAGGAGGUCAUGCUCCCCGCAAAUCUGGCCAAGGCACGAGCCUCGACAUCAACUCGGGCCGCGAGUUAUGAUUUAAUGUGGUCUUUGGGAGCGUUGCCUGAUGGUUUUCCCACGGCGGCAUACGCAGCGUACGCCGCGACCGGGCGUGGGUACUCAGGAUACGCAGGAUUCGGCCUCCCCUACCCGACAGGGUUUCCCAACUACGGCUACUUUCCAGCAGCACCGGUGCCUACGGGAAAUUCCAAUGCGGCUGAGAGGGCCAGCUUGGCGUCAGGAUAUUACGACUAUGCACAAAACUGCAAGGGUCAAAUGACGGCGAACAACCUGCUGGACAAGAACGGUCCCUCCAUGUCUGAGAACUGGUUGGAGGGUGCGAUUGGGGAGGAUGUCCUGCACAUUGUCAAGUCUCUCCCGUCGACGCGGGUGUACCCCACGCCCAACUCGCCGCAACCCAUGGACAUCUACGGUCCGGGGAGUGACGGGGUGGGCUACGUCCAAACCACGUCUCCACAGCCUUCCGGUUUCCCAACUCUGGGCGUUUCACGGGUUAGUGUUUUGUGCGCCCUUCUCAAAACGCUCUAGAUGUCGGCUACCAGUUUCGUACUUAUUUAUUUUUAUUUUUUUCGCAAACUACCUCCGGCGCUAUUAUUUUAUUUUCUCAACUAGUGUGUCGGUUUGUCCUGUACGCUUAAAUUUGUUCCUAUUUUCCCAGGGAGUCAUUUUUUGUAGUCAGUUCUUCGUCAAGAGGAUAGAGAGAAAUAACAAUCAGUCAUUUUUUCACCUCAGUGUUUUUUUCUCAAUAAUCAUCCUCGCAAUUUUAAUCAGUCGUAUUUUUUUAGAAGCAAGAAAGGUAAUCAUUUUAAUGUGAUAUUAAUAUUAGGAUUGUAAGUGAAUCUCCGUUUUUUAUGUAUGACUUGAUCACCGAGUAAUAAAACUUUUUUGUAUGUAGCAUAAUA